CGUUAAAGCGUCUUGUUGAUCAGGUAAAUAAAAACCUGCGAGCCUUAGAGUCAUUAGGUCAAUCUGUAGAUAAUUGGGAUGUACUAUUAAUACACAUAUUAACUCACAAGCUAGAUACUAAAACUUUUAGAGAAUGGGAAGAACAUAAAAGUCGGUUGGAUAAAGAAAUGCCUAUUACGUUGAGUUCAUUCACGGAAUUUAUUAAAAUACGGGCAGAUUUACUUGAAACUUUAGAAUUGUCUCGCAAUCAUCAUUCAUUAAUGAAACAUAAUACUAACAAUCAACAGAAAGUCAAAAGCAUGGUGUGCAACACUUCGCCAUCAAGGUCCAGCAUAGGCACCACUUCGAGUGACUCGUCUCCAUCCAGUUCGCCAUCCAAGAAGUGCCCUAAGUGUUUUGGUGAUCAUUUCUUGAGCAACUGUUCCCAAUUUUUGGAUCUCAGCGUUGAGCAAAGGUUCUCAAAAAAUCAUCCUUGGUCGUGGCAAGCCGAUUUUGUGGGAGACAAGAUUUGGAUGGGUCGUUGCCGGCCCAGUCAGCUAUGUAUCAAAAUGUUUAUUAUCCCCUAGUAUUCAAUGCAAUUUUAGUGCAAUUAAUGGCUCAACUCGUGUUAACGAUGACAUUGAAACCAAUUUAAUGCGUUUCUGGCAGCUCGAAGAAGUUGGCCUUAAGUCAUCGUACUCAGAGGAAGAGCAAGCAUGCGAGGAUCAUUUUGUUAAAAAUACAACUCGAUUACCAGACGGUCGAUUUUGUGUUAGGUUACCUUUAAAACAAUCGGCCAAUGUUCUGGGUGAUUCCUUGCCGCGCGCUAAGCAUUGUCUCCUUUCGUUGGAAAAACGACUCAAGCGGGAUACGUUAUUUUGUGAACGGUACCGAGACUUUAUGUCCGAGUACUUGAAGUUAGGUCACAUGUCCGAAUGCGAUAAUCAUUAACGCAAUCUGGGUUAUUUCAUACCUCAUCACGGUGUCGUGCGCGAAAGCUCUCUGACUACUAAAUUGCGCGUGGUUUAUAAUGCCAGCAGUCCAACUACUAGUAAUUUAGCACUUAAUAAUAUUUUAAUGGUUGGGCCUACUAUUCAGGAUGAUUUACUAUCUAUCUUAUUGCGCUUUCGAUGUCACAAAAUUAUUUUAGCCGGAGAUGUAGAAAAGAUGUAUCGAAAUGUAGUCGUACAUCCAGAUGACAGACAUUUGCAACAGAUUAUCUGGCGAGAUAAUCCUUCUGAAACAAUUAAAUGUUUUCAGUUGAAUACCGUUACAUACGGUACAGCUAGUGCUCCUUUCCUCGCAACUAGAUGCUUAAAACAAAUUGGCCUAGACUGUGAAAAUAAACAGAUUGGCGAGAUAAUUAUUCACGAUUUUUACGUGGACGAUUUAUUAACAGGUGCACAAACUUUGCAAGAAGCUUUAGAUAUUAAACAUAAAGUAACCAGUGAGUUAGCUUCUGCAGGUAUGCCACUCCGGAAGUGGAAAUCAAAUAAUUCACGGUUAAUGACCGAUGAAUCAAAACAAUCCUCGGUUGAUUUAAACAUUGGAGCUCUGGAAUGCAGUAAAACUUUAGGUCUAUAUUGGAAUAAUUUAUUAGAUCAAUUUUAUUUUCAGAUUAACUGUAACAUUCCAACUGAAGCUACAAAACGGUCUAUACUUUCAGUAAUUUCACAAAUUUUUGAUCCGAUGGGAUUACUGACCCCUUGUACAGUCACAAUGAAAAUUAUGUUACAGAAGCUUUGGCUUCAUAAAUUAUCAUGGGAUGAGAAGUUGCCCCUUGAUUUAUAUAAGCAUUGGGUAGAAACAGCAAAACGUUUACCUAUUUUAAACGAUCUGAGGAUUAACCGUCGCGUUGUCAUUGAUGAUCAUGAGUUCAUUGAUUUACACAUUUUUUCAGACGCUUCUCAACUCGCCUAUGGUAGUUGCGUGUACGUGCGGAGUGCAAACGAUCGCGGUGAAGUUCUCGUUAGUUUGCUGUUAGCCAAAAGCAGAGUGAGUCCUUUGAAGCCCACCACGAUACCACGUCUCGAACUUUGCGGAGCGUUGGCUAGUGUUCGCCUGUACGAAAAAGUGACAAAAUCGCUGCGAGUUCAAGUACGUAAAACCUUUUUUUGGACCGACUCAAUGAUUGUUCUAGGCUGGCUGAAAAUGUUGCCAAUUAAAUUACAGCCUUUUGUUAGGAACCGAGUCGCGGAAAUUCUGGAAGUUUCGGGUAAAGCUGCCUGGCGUCAUGUUCCGACUGAUUUAAAUCCAGCGGACCUUAUAUCGCGUGGUUUAGACCCAGCCUUAAUGCAGGCUUGUAGCUUGUGGUGGUCCGGUCCUGAGUUUCUAAAACAAGAUGAAAAUCAGUGGCCAUCAAAUCCCGAGUAUAAUAAUUCGAAAUCACUUCCUGAAACUAAAGAAGUCACGUUACAUACAAACGUUGAACCUACUCAAAGUUUGAUUGAUUUUAGUCGUUUUUCAAAUUUUUCACGUUUGAACCGAGCUAUUGCAUAUGCUCUUAAAUUCAUUAAUAAAUGUAAAAAACAAACUUGUGAUGAAUUCUUAACAAGCAGUGACUUACAAAAUGCAUUGAAUUUAAUUAUUAAAAUUUCUCAAAUAGAGUCUUUUUCAGAGUAUCAAUUAUUAAAGAAUGACAAAAAGCUGCCUAAAAAUAGCACUUUAAAUAAAUUUAACGUCUUUCUAGAUGAAAACCAAUUGAUGCGCGAACUUAAUACUGUGUUAGUUCAGAUAGAAGCAAUCCUCAACUCGCGCCCGCUUACACCGUUAUCUACGGAACCUGACGAUCUGAUGCCGUUGACACCUGGCCACUUCAUCAUCGGCCGACCUCUUACGUCGUUGCCAGCACCAAACUAUGUGAACAGCGCCACAUCACAGUUAACAAGAUGA